UGAAAAUGACUGUCCGCUCACAAGAAACGCUGACCUGACCGAAGCGAUGUCCACAUGUGGAGGAUUUCACAUGAACGCGCCUACUAGAGAAGACGCGCACGGCUGAAAUUCCAAUUCAGUCUGAAGUAAACAUGGAGAAUGUCUCAGGGACCUUCCAGGCGGGGGACUAUGUGGUGUUUGCCCUGUUGUUUGUGGUCUCCUCUGGUAUCGGGGUCUUCUUCGCCAUCAAAGAGUGGAAGAAGGAAUCAUCUCAGGACUUUCUGGUAGGAGGCCGUCAGAUGUCUUGCGGUCCAGUAGCUCUUUCUCUGACGGCCAGUUUCAUGUCUGCAGUGACAGUUAUUGGGGCUCCAUCUGACGUGUACAGAUACGGGGCCUCGUACAUCAUCUUUGGGAUUGCGUACACGUUUGUGGUGUUCCUGACGGCUGAGGUUUUUCUGCCUGUGUUUUACAGAUCUGGCAUCACAAGCACAUAUGAGUAUCUGGAGUUGCGUUUCUGUAAGGCGGCCCGUGUGGCUGCCACCCUCAUUUAUAUAGUACAAACGAUUCUGUACACUGGCGUGGUGGUCUAUGCCCCUGCUUUAGCUCUGAAUCAAGUGACAGGUUUUGAUCUUUGGGGUUCAAUAUUCGCCACUGGCAUUGUCUGCACAUUUUACUGCACAUUGGGGGGGUUGAAGGCUGUGGUCUGGACGGAUGCCUUCCAGAUGGUGGUGAUGGUGGUGGGCUUCCUCACGGUGCUGAUCCAGGGUUCGAUAAGAGCGGGGGGGAUCGAGUCUGUUUGGAGGACGUCUCACGCUGGAGGCAGACUGCAAGUGUUCGACUUUGAUGUCGAUCCACUAAGACGUCACACGUUUUGGACACUUUCUAUAGGAGGGACCUUUACAUGGCUGGGCGUCUAUGGGGUAAACCAAUCUACCAUUCAAAGAUGCAUUUCCUGCAAAACAGAGAGCCACGCACGCUGGGCCCUCUAUCUGAAUCUUCUGGGUCUGUGGAUUAUUCUGUUCUGUGCUGUGGUGUCUGGACUCAUCAUGUAUGCCUUCUACUCCACCUGUGACCCAUGGAGAGCGGGUCAUAUCUCUGCACCAGACCAGGUCAUGCCCUAUUUUGUGAUGGAGGUUCUUGGGGGAUUUCCAGGGCUGCCAGGAUUAUUUGUUGCAUGUGCAUUCAGUGGAACACUAAGCACAGUCGCUGCCAGUAUCAACGCUUUGGCGACUGUGAUGUACGAGGAUUUUGUGAGCCAGUGCUUUACAGGUUUAUCCAACCGAGCAGCCAACUGGAUCAGCAAAGCGCUCUGUGUGGUGUUUGGUGUGGCCUGCACUACUAUGGCUGUGGGUGCAUCAUAUAUGGGGGGAAUUGUGCAGGCGGCCCUCAGUAUCCACGGCAUAUGCGGGGGCCCAAUGCUGGGCUUGUUUUCUUUAGGAAUCCUGUUUCCUGUCACCAACUUAAAGGGGGCUAUUGGGGGUCUGAUCACCGGAAUUUCACUCUCCUUCUGGGUCGGUGUGGGAUCCUUUAUUUACCCAGCCUCCAGUAACAACACACAUCCCCUUGAACUUAACACUGCAGGCUGUAACUUUAGCAUGACAGCGGAUGGAUCCAACCAAACAUUACUCACUAUAAGCACUCCCACCCCUGACAGGCCCUGGCUGGCUGACUCAUGGUACUCCAUGUCCUAUCUGUACUUCAGUGCUGUGGGUUUUAUUGGCACUGUGGCAGCAGGGCUACUUAUCACACUUCUGGCGGGGCCAUCUGACCCCAAGAAGAUGAAGCCAGGGCUCACCCGAUCAUUGAGGGAUGUCUUCUGCUUCUGUUCUAAAGGCUUCAUAAAUGCAGAUCUCAGUCAGGACAAGGAGGACUUGGCAGACUUUGGCGAUGCAUGGGAGACGCAUCCAGGUGUCCAGGACGAAGACCAGGAAGAGGCGAUAAAAAUGGACAAGUUCAACGGGAGAAGUGAUAUCCCGCCGAUCAAUGGUUACACAAAUGCAGGCUUCGAUCACAAGGAAAUGAGUCAAGAUCAAGCAAAACUGUAAUCAACUAGAUAAAACAGUCAAGAAUACAUAAACUAUUUAAUGUAAAAUACAGUCAAUUCUUUGUAUACAGAAGAUAAUUAUCCAAUCUCCUUUACAAUUUUACACAACUGUUUUAUUAUGCAUAAUGCUCUUUACAUGUAAACAAUGAUUUAGGUGUCAGCUGCCAGUGAGAGUCCAAAUCCAUUAAUAUUUACCCACUGUUCUAAGUAAAUACACUUAAAUCAAUGAAUAAUAUAUAUAGAUUGAUAAAAAGACCCACUUUAAGACUGACACAAAAAUUUGAUUAAAAUUGAUGAAGUAUUGUUUUACAAGAAUGUUAUCACUAGAAAAAUGAACAUUUGCGUUAAAUGUAUUACAGUAUUUACACCAUCAGGCCAAAGAGGUGUGUAGGUGGCAGCAAUUAUACAGUAAAGAUAUUCUUUUUUUUUGCUGAAAUUGUGGUCCUUUAUGAAUCAUAAAAUAGAAAAUACUUAGGUGUCUUGACUUCAGGUGUCGAGUUCAAAAAGCAGACAAAGGCAACAUAAAAGUAAUCCCCACGACUCUGAUGACAAGAGGUCUUAUGAAGUGAAUGUGUCGCUCUGGACUCUGACGUCUAAGCACUUUAUAAAUGACCAAUGACCCCAAGCCAACUAAAAAUGUUCAGUGCCAGUCUACUAAAGGACCUAGAUUUUCGAUGAAAAGAUGAAAUUAAAAUGUUCAUAUAACCCUUUAAGGCUAAAGGCCAUUGCACAUUGAGUCCGAAAUUUGCGUCCAAAAUUUCUGCAAGUUAAAAAUUAUAUACGACCUCACGUUGUAUCGAUCACAUUUACACACUGCCUCUGAUAUUUUCGUCCAUCAUAAAAAAAUUCGAACUGGGUUCGAUUUUCUGCAUUUUUCUGCAUCCUUAGCAAGCAUUUUGAGAGGCGUUUCGACAAUUCAGAGACAUCAUACAAACUAGCGCCAAAUACGAAAAAACUGUUGGACUGUAUGUGCAAAGACCUUAACCCUUAACUUACCAUAAAAUAUUGUUCCACAAAGGAAUGAUCCACACAUUUGCCAUCAUGAAGCAUUGUGAAUAUUGCCUCCACACUGUGAUAUCUGUCACUGAGAUGACAUAAUGCAUAUGCAUUAUGUAAAUUGAAACCUCACAAAAUAAAACUGUGAUGUUAGCAGAGAAGUUUUACAGCAAAACAUCUUCCAUUUUAUUCAUAUACUUAACAAAAAUAGUUGAAAAAUAGUUAAUGCUAAUGGAUUAAAUCCAGUUAAAUACAACUAAUGGCUGAUGUCUUCAAGUCUUAAAAUGAAUUAGUUUGUGUAAAAUGUUUAGAUACAAUAAGCAUUGAACGUAAUGGUACAACAAUACAUGCUGAUGGCCAUUACUUCUAAACAUAAUCUUUAUUGUUUCAUAUGCUUUUGACAGGCAUUUUCAAUAAAGACAUUUAAUACACAACCAAGUGUAUCUGAUAAAACCUGACGAACAUUUCUUUGUUCAGUAGCCUGAUAAAAAUGAAAACACUUCAAGGCUGUUAACCACUGAGCCACUACAACAUGUACUGAUCUCAGGUCAGUCUUCUCUGGUAUAAGCAGAUAUAGGCCAUGCACACUUCACAGUAAAAAGUGCACGAACACACAAAUGUUUGUAUAGAGCCCUGGAUGGGCGGGGCUCAUGAAUGACGUCAUGCAUAGAUUACAGAACACCAGGAGAACGGUGCGUCAUAGUACAAUAUUUCAGUUCAGCAACACUUUUCCAUUCUGCCCGCAAAUCUCCAGCCUCGCUAAGCAUCUAAAACAAAGUCGCAGUGGCUACUUUGCAAAAUUUGUAUUGUCACAAUGACACAACUGUGUGUAAACAAUAUUUACUGAUUUUGAGUGUUACCAGGACAAAGAAUCAUUACAUAUACUGCAAUGUUGUAACAAUACAAAGCUGGUUGAAAACUUCAAGGUCUAAACUAGUGGUUCUCAACUGGUAUUGUGUAAAGAUCUAGAUUCUACGUUGCAUAUUAAGUUGCGACUAAAUCGUUUUCUUAUACAUUUUGUUUCUGGUUAAUGUCUCCUAAAUUUCAGUGGUUUCUUGUCUAGCGGUGUAUCUGAUACUAAUUUUGCACCAAAUUGGUACAGUUGAUAGAGUUUGAAUGGUUGUCAAUUUAAAGUAUUUUCUAACAUGUCUACAAUCUUAAAGACAAAGAAAAUCAGGCCAUAAAUCACCAGUUAAGAACCACUGUUUAAAUAAUCAAUGCAUUUCUUACAUACAGUAAAUUUUAUUUUCAAUGUGAUUCCAGAACAUGCGCAAUAGGGAGUAGGGAAUAAGGCUUGAUUUGAAAUGACAAUAGCAUUUAAUGUUUGGGGCUGUUUUUCAGUGCAAUGAAAUAUAAGAAUACCACAAUCUACAUUCUCAUAUGGGAUCUAUACUCAUGCAAAAAUAUAUAUUUAAAAAAGCAAUACAAGAUUUAAGAUACAAAGUUAUCGUCUGUAAAACACUCACAGGAGCCUGAGGAAGACACGCACAUGGCUGUGUUCAGACAUUAUGCAAUAAUUCAUACAUUUGCAAAAUCACAUUUGUCAUACGACCUCUAUGGAAGUUAAAUCCUGCUAAAGUUAAACAUUUAAAUUUAAAUGAGUGAAUUAAAUGAAAAAGAAAACCAAUUUAACAAGUUCACUAUACAUAACUGCACGCACAUAUGUGCCAAAAUGAAAAAUAAAAUGUAAUGUUUUUUUCGUUUUACACUGACACUGUGUUGCCCCUGUCAAAUUGAAAAAGAACAUGGAAUUGGUGAUUUUACAUUUCAUUUUCACUAAAAUCUCAAGGUAAGACUGCCAACAUAAAAAUGAAAAUGCAAAUGUUAAAAUGAAAUUGCAUAAUUUUUUUUUUUUUUAAUUAAUGCUCUUAUAAUAAUACUGGCACAAUUCAGAUUAAAAUGUAAAAUUUGAUAUUCAUUUGAUUUUCUCUUUAUUAGAUUUUCAUUUUCAUUAGACGCAGGACUCUCCAGUGCUUCAGUUUGUUCAUGUGUUCAGACGUCUGUUAACUUGUCAGAGAUACAGAACACCAUUGAGCAACUUUUCGGUAUUGCACCAUGCACAAGUCAGCCAUAAUCGUUACAAAGACCAAUAUAACUUUUUAUUUCAAUUUGAAUUGUGUCUUUGAAUUGAUUAUUAUUGCGUGAGCAUGAAUAAAAACCUUUGUUAAAAUGUUUUUACAAUUUCUUUUUCACAUUACCUUUACAUUUUCAAAUUGCCAGUCUUCCCUCGAGAUUUUAUUUAAAAUGAAAUGUCAAAUUACCAAUUACAUUUUCUUGUUCAGUUCGACAGGGACAUUGUAUUGUCAGUGUUAAAAUUAAAUCAUUCAAUCAGCAGAUAUUGUAUAUGGAGUUAUGUACAAUGAAAUUGUUAAUCUGGUUUAAGUUUUCAUUUUCCUCAUUUAAAUUUGGCAGGAUUUACAUUCUAUAGACCUCAGCAUUCUGCCUGUUUGAUUCAAUUAUCGAGUUUGAUUAGUUAUCAUCUCUAGAGAUGUAGAGAUGAUUCUUUAUUUCAAUGUCAAAUGUAUCUUACGCCAAAAAAAAACCAAACUUUUAGAUGUCUGAUGGAAAAAAUAUGGCAAGAUAAAAAUCAUAAGAAAUCAUGAUUGAUAUGCUCCGUGUUCAUAUUUAUAUCUCAGACUGGAAAACAUAAAGAUCAUUGCAUUGCGGGCAAAGUUAUUCCAUGCUAUGAAUAUAUGCUUCAGAUUUUGACAAAUGUAGUGGGUCAUUUGGGUUUUCCAGACACAUAUCAAAUUCAUUUGCACACGUAUGGUAGUAUGCUAUUCUGACCACAGCCAUUGUCUUGGGUUUCCUGAAAUGAUGAGAUGCAUGCUGGGAAACUCAUUUCAUCAAGUACGCGCACACACACACACACAC